GCCGAGUGUGGUGGGCGGGCUCGGGGAAUGUUUUGCUGGGUUAGUGACUAGACUGCUUCCGGUAGCCGGUGCCCUGCCGUUACUCAGCAGCUCUGUACCGGCUGGCUCGGUACAGCUGGAAGGGAUGUGUGUACCAGGUUAUCUGUCAUUGACUACAAGAAACAAGUUAGACCGCAUAAUUCACCGCUCCUGUCUGUGUGAGCUACAUGUCGUCUUGGUUUCCCAUGCUAACAGUCCUGAGCAUGUUUUACUACAUUUGCCUUCGGCGCCGUGCCCGGUUAGCUAGUAGGGGGGAGAUGAUUAACAGUCGCAGAGCCAUUGAAUCAAACAGCCGUUCUUUGCCAAUGUCCAUUGAAGUUGUACAGUAUGCCAAAGAAGUUUUGGAUUUCAGUUCUCACUAUGGAAGUGAAAACAGCAUGUCUUACACCAUGUGGAACUUAGCUGGUCCCCCCAACGUCUAUCCCAGUUCUGGGGAUUUCACCCAGACCGCUGUGUUUCGGACGUAUGGAAAUUGGUGGCAUCAGAGUAGCAGCUCUUCUCCUUUCAAGAGAACAUCGCCCAGCUUCUUUAGUCUGGAUUAUGUAGAACUUGCCUUUGAGGAGCCUGUUUAUCCUACAGCGAUUCAUAUUCUUGAAACCUAUCAUCCAGGAUCUGUUGUGAAGAUUCUUGCUUGCUCUGCCAAUCCCUAUUCUCAGACCCCUCCUGCUGAAGUAAGAUGGGAAACAAUCUGGUCGGCAGAACCCAGCCGUGCCCAUUCUCCUCAGGCUCGCCAGUUCACCCCCUGUAUAAAAGAAAUCGAUUUCCCAACCAAUCUCUUACGCCUGGAAACCAAUGGCUCUCUUUUGGACUACUACACCGAAUUUGAUGCUGUGGAACUACACGGUGUAAAAGAGAAACCGAUGCUUUCAUUGAAAAUAGCCGCCAUCGACAUGAGUGACUUGGAUGAAGAUGAAUAUGAUGAUGAAGAUGGCUGUGGGAUUGACUGCCUUACCAAUCAGUUCAAUAGCUCCAGCCUCAGGGAUUGGACAAGUAAUGGCUAUUUUGACAAGCUGCCUUAUGAGCUCAUCCAGCUGAUCAUUAGCCACUUAGCUCUUCCAGACUUGUGUCGGCUGGCACAGACUUGCAAGCUCCUGUAUCAGCAUUGCUGUGAUCCUCUCCAGUACACCUCCUUAAGUUUACAGCCUUACUGGGCCACUCUGACUGAUGCUUCUCUAGAGUAUCUUUUGCCUCGAUGCACACUAGUCCAGUGGCUGAAUCUGUCCUGGACUGGAAACAGAGGCUUCAUCACUACCUCAGGAUUUAGCAGACUCUUAAAAGUGUGUGGCUCUGAGCUAGUGUGUCUGGAGCUGGCCUGUGGCCAUUUCUUAAAUGAAGCAUGCCUGGAAGUCAUAGUACAGACGUGCCCAACCCUACAGGAAUUAAAUCUCUCCUCUUGUGAUAAGCUGCCACCUCCAGCUUUCAGUCAUAUUUCUAAACUUUGUGGAUUGAAACGCCUCGUUCUCUACCGUUCCAAAAUUGAGCAAACGGCUCUACUUAGCAUUCUGAACUUCUGUCCAGAACUACAGCACUUCAACCUUGGCAGUUGUGUCCUAAUUGAAGACUAUGACCUCAUUGCUGGAGUUAUAGGUGCUAAAUGCAAAAAGUUACGCUCUUUAGACUUGUGGAGAUGUAAAAACAUUACAGAAAAAGGUAUAGCAGAGCUUGCUUCUGGUUGUCCUCAUCUUGAAGAGCUUGACCUUGGUUGGUGUCCUACACUUCAUAGUGCUACCGGCUGUUUUACAAACCUUGCCCGUAAGCUCCCAGGUCUACGAAAGCUCUUUCUUACUGCUAACCGCUCUGUGUGUGACUCUGAUAUAGAAGAAUUGGCGGCAAAUUGCCAACAUCUUCAAUACCUAGAUAUAUUAGGUACCAGACUGGUGAGUCCAUCGUCUUUAAGAAAGUUGCUAGAAUGCUGCAGGGAGCUUGUUCUAUUGGAUGUCUCCUUUUGUUCACAGAUUGACAAUCGCGUGGUUCAGGAACUUUCAUCCAGAUUUCCAAAUGUGUGCAUCAAAAAGAGUUUUACUCAGUAAAUAUAAUUGCUGCUCCAGUAUUUAGUUUAAUUUUGAGAUGUACAUCCUUUUUUUUUUACCCCAGCUCUUCCAGCUAUCUUCAUGUACACUAUAGAUAUGUUUGGUGAGUUUAAUUAGGAUGUGAAUGGAAAACAAUUUUAUUAUUAAAAAGACAAUUUUGUGCUUUAGGAGAAUUUUUUUUUAGAUAAAUUAUUAUAUUUUUGCCUUAUUUUUAAAAAACACCUUUAUAUUGAACAUAGCCUAUUUAAGGCCUCCAAGGCAGAUAUACUGAUCUGUACAAAGUGAAAUAUUUAGUAGGUUUAAUGUUAAAAUGUUGUAUUUAUUACUCAGAGAAAUGAACUGGCUUGUGAUGUGAUAAAUAUUGGCAACAGAAAACCCUGCCUAUCUUAUGUUACCUUAUUGCAAUAAGAUGCUUGGAAACAUUUACAUAUGCUAAAUAUACUUUUUCUUCACCAUUAA